ACGGCGUGAAAUGUUCCACACCCAUCCAGCCCGCCCCCCUGCGGCCACCAGAGCCGAGCAGGAGCAAGGAGCACCUGCCACGGGAAAGUGAGCGGAGUCGCUCCUCUGUCCGUCCGCGGCGAUCUUUCCUUAUCUUCCGGUAGCGGAGGACUCGCAGAGUCAACACCUCUGGAGGAGGCGAGGAGGAGACGGACGCGCACGCGUUAUGGUCACAGCUGGUCGACGGGGUGAUCUUCUCAAUGCGAAAGCCACUGGGCUUGGACUGUCAACCUGCACUACGGGGUUCUUGUCGUUGAAGGCACAAUGCCCCGGGCCGCUGACAUGAUCAACCUGAGCUUCCUGUCUGACUCAGAGCGGGAUCUGAUCCUGGAGGUGCUGCAGCGGGACGAGGAGCUGAGGCAGGCUGAGGAGCAGCGUGUACGGAAGAUGAAGACAGAGUUGCUGGAUGUGAAGAGGAAAGGCGCCAAACGUGGCAGUGGAAAAUACAGUCAGCGUAGUUGUGGCAGGUGCCUGGAGCCUCUGAGCCGACUGACCGUUUUCUCCAGCCAGUGUAAGAUGUGCAAUCACCAUGUUUGCGGCAACUGCCGAACAGUCUUCCCCAAUGGAUCCUGGCUGUGUUGUGUGUGCGCCAAAGAAUCGGAUCUAAAGAAAAUGACAGGUGACUGGUUUUACGAUCAAAGGGUCAACCGCUUCUCCACAACGCCAGGACAUAACCUAGUGAGGGCCUCCCUGAAAAAGAAACCACCAUUGAAGAAGCGCGAGACAACCGGAGAAGUGCUGUUGAGAAAUACUGAAAUGAACCCAGAUCCUCCCAUUCCAGUGCCAAUGCCCAGGCAGAAAAAUCAACCAGAUAACAAAGGUCAUUCAAGCAAGAAUUCAGGAUCAUCUGCUUCAAAGGAAUCAUUUGAAUCAAAGGAGGAUGUUGGGUCAAAACCAAAUCGCAGCGAUACAGAGUCUACAGAAAAUGCCAGUUUAAGCAGCCAUAAAACUGAGACGGAGUCUGACCGUGUGACCCCAGAGCAACCAAGAGGGAAGCAGUCACCGACCGGCUCCACUGUUUCCAGUCUGACCGUCCCUGUCUACGCAGACAUUGUCAGCGCUGACAGCCCGAACUCAGACGCAAACAAAGGCCAGAAAGUAAAACCAGUCAGUCCGAGCCCGGAGUUGGACGUUGACAGACUCUUCAAGAAGAGCAUCAAACGAUCCCCAAAGCUUGCUGAGUUUGUAUCGACACUGGACCUUCGUGACGGACAUGACGCCUCAAUGGGAAACAGGAGUCGCUCUGUACCAGGCUUAGACGUACAGGAAAAUGAGGAGGAGGAGGAAGAUAUUGACAGCUUGGUCAACUUUCAUAAAAGGACAAUAGCAUCAAGCUCCUCCAGCCUGCGUAGCUCAAAGAGCACACUUGGCAGCAUGAUGAGUAUUUACAGUGAGGCAGGAGACUUUGACAGUGUGGAGGUGAGCGGGGAUGUCGUCUUCUCGAUGAGCUACGACGAACACACCCACAGCCUCCAGGUCUUCAUCAAGGAGUGCCGCGGGCUGGCCUACGCCGACGCUUCACGGAAGAUUUCACACCCCUACGUCAAGUGUUAUCUGCUCCCUGACAAAUCUCGCCAGAGCAAAAAGAAGACCUCCAUCAAAAGAAACACCAUCAACCCUGUCUACAAAGAAACUCUUAAGUACUCUAUCAACCGCUCUCAGCUGUUCACCCGCUCCGUGUUGAUAUCAGUCUGGCAUCACGGUCGCCUCAGCCGCAAUGCCUUCCUGGGAGAGGUGGAGAUCCCCCUGGACUGCAGAGACCUCGACUCCCCAUACGAGGACAUUGUGGCUCUUAUGACAAAGGCAGCCUCUAGUGUGCAGGCUUCAGCUUUUUCUCAGUACAAAGGAGAGUUGGUGAUAUCCCUGAAGUAUGUCACAACAAAAAACCUAACAACUAGGAAAAUCAAAGGCAAAAAGGUGAUGACUGAAAAUGGGGGCGAACUGCAUGUCUUAAUUAAAGAGGCCCAGAAUUUGAUGGCAAUGAAACCAGGAGGCACUUCAGAUAGUUUUGUGAAAGGAUACUUAUUCCCAAUCAAAGCAAAGACCACAAAAAAGAAGACUCCAGUUGUGAAGAAGAACUUGAAUCCCCACUAUGACUACACGUUCGUGUACAAGGAUCUGGCUCUGGAGGAGCUGAGGACGAUGUGUCUGGAGCUGACUGUGUGGGACAGGGAGGCCAUGCUGAGCAAUGAGUUCCUAGGAGGAGUCCGCCUCAGCUCGGGAAAAGGCACCAUUCGAAUUGGAAAGGAGGAAGUGGAAAUGGACUCUGUUGGAGAGGAGGUCAGUCUGUGGGAGAAGAUGAUGCAGUACCCCGACUCGUGGGCAGAGGGCACUCUUCCACUGCGAUCAACUAUGCAGGAGGGUAAGGGCAAAUGAGGAUGGCAGUGCAGUGCGGGCCUGGACCUUCAGAGAAAAGAGACUGACUCGGGGGGAGAAGCUGUGACCUCUGAGAUGAAAUGUGAGAUUAUUUUGAAACUCUUUGACUCAUAGUUCACCAAGCAUCUGUUCACACCUGCUCCUUCUCCACACAACCAUGACUGCAGACUGGUGUUACUGCUAAAAAUUUGUGCCAAAGCAUACAACACUAACUCUUCGUUUCAAGAGCGUUGACACAGUCAUUUUAUGUUUCCUUUUUUUAAUUCAGUCUACAUAUAGGGCCUAUUAUUGCGAUUCAAAUCAUGCACAAGUCUGGCGCACGGUUCUUAAUAGUUGUCCAAAGAAUUUGUGGUGUUGCAUUCAACAAAUUGUGCUUCGUUCAAUCUAUACCAUUUUAUUUUACAUUAGUACUAUUAAGUACAACUAUAUUUAUAUAAAAUGAAUAAAGCCUUAUUUGAAAUUUU